AUGCUACGAGUUUUGAGGCCCCAAAUACGUCCAAACUGGUUUAAUUUCACCCGCUUGAACUCGUCCAAAAUCGCUGCUGAGCUUAAAAAGCCUCCUUUCUCCGUUCCAGUGCCGCCUAAGAAACUGGCCAAGAAGAAGAAGAACCAGAAGGCUGGUCUCAACUCCCUACGAUGGCUGGAUAAACAAGUCCACGAUAACCAAUCUAAGCUUCUUACGUUGUUGGCUCAGACCCAGCGGAAAGAGGUGGACCAGGAGUCGCUUGCUGAGUACCUUAAACCGGUUACUUCCUUGACUAUAGGUGAAUCCAUUGAUUUAGAUAAGGUGCGGAGCACCUUCAAAAAGAAGAAGGUUCCGCAUUCGGUGGUGAUUCGUGACGAGGUUUUGCUUUGUAAGGUGAAUUCCAAAGAUAUAAUGGUGUUGGCAAACGGUACUUUAGUUGGGUGGGACAUUGCAGAGGACCUGAUGAAUGAGUAUGUUCCACAAAUCUGGAACGCAGUGAGUGAACGGUAUGAGAAUGAAAGUGAAGAAAUGGACUACAUUUCUUUAGAACCUGCUUCGCAGGAAGCUGACGAACAAGGGCCUUCGUUUGUACAAGAGGAUGUGUUUGUUUCUCAAGGCACUGAUCCAGAACAACGGUUACUUGAAAAAGCUGCGUUUGCCAUUGGUCUUUCCCGGUCCACAAGGUUAUCUAUUCUUGAAGAAUCGCUUGAAAAGCAUAUCCAGUUGACCAGGGAGAAUAGUGAGGCGCUUUCGAAGGGUCUUAAACUCAAAACGAAGGAAUCUGAGAUCCUUAAACUCACAGGGCAGCCCAAUUUGGAGAAAAUCUAUGAGUCUAUCAGUCGGAGACUUGACAUCCAGCUGCGGAUCCUGAUUAUGAACCGUAAGCUUGAUUAUAUCACCGAAGAGCAACGAGCGCUUCUCAGCGUUUUGAACGAAAAGAAAGGUACCCGGCUUGAAUGGACCAUUAUCAUUCUAAUCAUGGUGGAGGUGGGUUUUGAGACGUUCCAUUUUGUGGAAAAGUACUGGUGGCAGAUAUAA